AUGGGGAAAGGGGCUAGAGACAAGAAUCCGGCACCAGGAUAUACCAACGAGGUUCAGUGCGCAGGGGACCGACCAUUGCAGCUUCCUGUUUGUCAAACAAGUCACGUUGGCAACCCGGGGAAAGGUGCAAGAAAAAAGAAUCAGGCACCAGCAUGUUCCAAUGAGAUUCAGGGUACAGGGCGCAGCCCUUUGCAGGAAGAUGAAUCUGAUUUUGGGACCCUCACGGACACUAUAACUAGUCUUCUUGGUGCUGUGAAAAACAUGUCCCUGCAACUCGAUGAAAUUUCAUCUGCUGUGAAUGAUCUUGUUAAAGACAGCAAGAAUGUAGAUGCAAGUGGUGGUAAAUCAACUUCAGAUGAGCCUGUCAUGUCAGUUGAUUCUAAGCUACAUAUUGUUGAGGAGUUCCAUAAUUUGAAACAGACCACUACUGUUGCAGACUACCAGGAGAAGUUUGAGGAAUUGAGAGACUUGAUGGUGAAAAUUAAUUUUAAACCCUCAGAAGGUUAUUUCAUUUCCUGCUUCCUGAGUGGACUCAAGCCAGCUGUGAAAGAAUCAAUGGAGAAUCUCAAACCAGAGACUCUUUACCAAGCUUUCAACCUUGCACGACUCCAGGAGAUUGCAAUUGAAGAGAUGAACAGCAAAGUGAUGAAAGUCGAAGGGCUGAAAGACAAACUAAGGUCUUCAACUAGGGAUGAUCCUAACUUACAAUGCAAACAGGUUCAGGUGUUUUUUACUGCUGGCAAUCCCCUCAAAUUUAGAGCUUCUGUAGGAGAAAGGGAGAUAACAAUCUUGAUAUCCACUGGUAUUGAGGAUAGCUACAUCGAUAAGUCUCUAGCACUAGCAACAGGAUGCAAGAUUGAGGAGGCUGAACCAUUACGUGUACACUUUUUGAUGCUUGGCUACAAGGCAGUAAGCCGGUUCAUAUGUCCGCAUUUUGAGUGGACGAUGCGGGGUCAUAAAUUUAAUGCUGAGAUGAGGAUUGUUGAGAUAAAGGCAGAAUAUGACAUUGUUUUGGGUGCAGAUUGGGUGCGUGAAAACAACCCUCUGAGCUUCUCCUCUGAUGGGAUUUUCCUCGAGAAAGAAGGAAAGGAGAUAGUGUUGUUGGAUAAGUCUGGAUCUGGAUCUGCUAAUUUGCAGAGGAGCAGGCGGAUGUGCUUCACUUCUGAUGGAAUUAUCAUCCAGGAAGGAGAAAUAUCUAUACCAUUGCGCAUGGCAACUGAGUCGGGUACAAGCUGUUGUACGGUGAUAUCAGUGUCAAAGUUUCUGGAACGAGAUUCAUUGUUCAGAUGA